AAUUUUCAUAAUUUUUUGUGAAAUCUGGUUUUGUUUUGUCCUGUUUUAAUCUGAAAUUUCUCAUAAAUUUACUUUUGUAGUUCCCAUUUCUUUUAUAUAUUCUCAAUAUUCUAGUACAUCUGUUCUAAAUACCAAAUCGAGGUCAGAAUAAUUUGCUAAGAAAAAAAAAUUAUUUUGGCAAAUCGUCCCACACUAUACUGUAUUUGAUUUUGUCGUGAAAAUGCCAGGAAUUGCAACAAUGUCUUUGGAUAAUAUGUUCUGUACUAGAUGUGGUGAUGGCUUUGAACCCAAUGAGAAGAUUGUAAACUCCAAUGGGGAACUUUGGCACACCAACUGUUUCGUUUGUGCCCAGUGUUUCCGAGUAUUUCCUGAUGGAGUGUUUUACGAGUUUGAAGGGCGCAAGUAUUGCGAAAGGGACUUCCAAGUCUUGUUUGCCCCUUGCUGCGGAAAAUGCCGUGAAUUUAUUAUUGGUCGCGUCAUUAAAGCCAUGAACGCAAACUGGCAUCCUGGGUGCUUCCGAUGCGAGGAAUGCCAUGUGGAGUUAGCCGAUGCUGGCUUCAUCAAGCAUGCUGGCCGAGCUCUCUGCCAUACUUGCAAUGCCCGCAUCAAAGCUGACGGACUGCAAAAUUACAUCUGCCAUAAAUGCCAUGGCGUGAUUGACGGUGAGCCGCUGCGUUACCGCGGGGAGGUGUACCAUGGGUACCACUUCACGUGCGCGACCUGCGGCGUCGAGCUCGACCACACCGCCAGGGAGGUCAAGAACAGACCUGGAUAUGCUGCCAAUGAUGUGAACAACCUGUUCUGUCUGCGAUGUCACGAUAAGAUGGGUAUACCGAUCUGCGGCGCGUGCCGGCGUCCCAUAGAGGAGCGGAUCGUCACGGCUUUGGGCAAACAUUGGCAUGUUGAGCACUUCGUUUGCGCCAAAUGCGAGAAGCCAUUCCAUGGACAUCGCCAUUACGAGAAGAAAGGCCUGGCGUACUGCGAACAACAUUACCAUCAACUGUUCGGCAACUUGUGUUAUGUGUGUAACCAGGUUAUUGCUGGUGAUGUGUUCACGGCGUUGAACAAGGCGUGGUGCGUGCACCACUUCGCGUGCUCCGUGUGCGACACCGCUCUGAGCACGCGCAGCAAGUUCUACGAGUACGACGAGCGGCCCGCCUGCCGCCGCUGCUACGAGCGCUUCCCGCAGGAGUUGCGUCGCCGCCUGCGCCGCGCGCAUCACUACACCGUCCGCCGCAACUAAUGACGUACCGGCGUACGUCACGUCAUGUCGCGUAAUGACGUUAGACGACACUACAUCGUGCGCUGCAAUUAGUGUAAAGACGGCUACAUCUAUUAUUAUCGAAUUCAAAUCACUAACAAAAAGUGCUUUUUGGAACAGAGUAUAUUAUGACGUAAAUACUACGAAUAAUAAAAACUAAGGAAACGUAACUCCCAUA